AGCCGUGUUGGCUCAGGAGUUGGCUCCAGUGAUCUGGGCGACCACGGAGAGACCAUGCCCGGUUGAGGGGGUGGGGGGCCUGUCGGCCCCCACCCUCCCCUGUGCAUCAGCAUCAGCUCCGCGGGAAGCCCCCCGCGCAGCGCCCCCCUCCUCUGGCGAGCAGCAUGGGCGGGCCGGGCGGGCCGCGGGGCCUCAGCGGGUCGCAGCGCAUCCAGCAGAGGAGGCAGCAGGGCGGCGGAUGGCAAGAGCGGCGGCCCGGCGCCGGCAGGGUGGGGCCCCCGGGCGACCACGGCGGGGCGAGGAGGUUCCCCAAGCAGAGCCAGGCCGAAUGGGACGACCACACGCAGAACGAGGCAGACACCAUGGUGCACUACCACAAGUCCUUCGGCGUCAUGCAGGAGAUCUGGGACCACCGGGAUUUUACCACGCUGGGCGAGUCGCUGCACGCGUGCGCCGCCCUACACGCGCAGUACGGCGUUUCGCAGUGCCGCUUUAUGGACAUCGGGUGCGCCCCUGGAGGCUUCAGCAGCUGCCUGCUGCAGGACCACAUCCUCGGCUGCAACAGCAUAGGCUGGGGCGUUUCGCUGCCUCCAGAGAUGGGCGGCUUCGCCAUGGCCUUCCAGAGCGACCGCUUCGCCGUGCAGCUGAUGGACAUCAUGCCUCUGCAGAGCACCGAUCUCCUGGCGCCGGACAAUUCCGUCGACCUCGUGUGCGCCGACGCGCAGUACCUGAAGAACAUGUUCAAGCAGAGGAGCCUGAACGUCAUGUACAGGGGCGUCCAUGUGCGGAGCAAGACGCUAGGAAUAUGGGCCCUGACGGUGAAAGAGUGCCAGCUGGCAUUCUCGAAACUGCACCACAGCGGCACGUUCAUUUUUCGCUUCGGCUGGAGGGGCGUCGGCGACGCGGAGUUCCAUCCGAGCGGGGAGAAGGUGGAGCAAGCCUUGCUGAGCAAGUACAUGGAGGAGGAGGAGUGGUACAAGGCGCUGACGCACUGGCUGUUCAGCGUCCUGAAGUCGCUGUUCGAGACGCUCAGGCCCUUCAAGAGCGAGUACGUGCACCAGGCCGACGUGUCGUUCUACCAGGUGUGCCGGAACUUCAACCGGGACAAGUACGAGAGGUACAACUGGGCCGCGAGGCUGCAGCGCGCCUUCGAGGAGCUCAUCCAGGCGGACGACGUCGCCGCGCUGGUGGCGGGCCUGAAGAACUCCAUCUCGGACUCCGUCAUCGCCGAGAUCGACGAGCUGCUGGACUACGUCGGGCGGAUGCGUGCGCUUGGCAUUCAGAGCCGGAAGGUGACGAACCCGACGCAAUUCAACGCUAAGUUUGGGACCCAGGCGCAGGGAGAGUCCAGCUCGUCCAAGGAGGCCAAGGGUUCCAACGCCCCUACUCUGGACGUCGGGACGACGGACCACUGCAGCGGCGGCCCCCCGCACGACCAGGCGCCCCCGCCGGAGACGGGGGCUCCCGUGGAUGGCACCUGCGGCGGCGGCGGCGACGGCGCAGCCGCAGCACCUGCCGGCGCGCGCUCGAAGGCCUCGGACGCCGCGGACCCGGACCUUCUCGGCGAAGCCCCGGGGCCGCGUGACCCAGCCAGCGAGGGCCCGGCGACGCAGCCCGCCGCGGCCGAGUCGCCGCACGAGGGCGGCGAAGCCCCUGGGGGGGGAGCGCCGAAGGCCUCGGACGCCGCGGACCCGGACCUGCUCGGCGAAGCCCCGGGGCCGCGUGACCCAGCCAGCGAGGGCCUGGCGAUGCAGCCCGCCGCGCCCAGGCAGCCGCACGAGAGCGGCGAAACGCCGGGGGAGGCAGCGGCCUCGGAGAGCGCCCCGCGGGCUGGGUCCGCGAGGGAUUCUCAGCCUCCCGCCGAGCCCGGCGACGAGCCCAAGGGCCAGGGCCCCCAGCGGUCCAUCCGACUCGCCGACGCAGUGCUCGGGCACAGCGCGCGGCACCCCGCCACCGUGGCCCCAGCCACCGUGGCUCCCGCCACCGUGGCUCCCGCCACUGUGCGCCUGGCCACCGCGGCCCCAGCGCAGUAUUCCGAGGAGGACGUGCACAGUGCCUACCUCCGGCAGAUGCACGUGCAGAAUUUCCAGUCGCAGCUGCAGGAGCGGCACAUGGAGCAGCAGGCCCUCCUGAUGCAGCAGCAGGUGCACAUUUCGCAGCAGCGGAGCCUGCACGUGCAGACGGUCCACAACCAGCUCCACGGCCAGGUGUUCUUCGAGCCCCCGCCGCCCCAGUGGGAUCCGACAGUGCCGCCUGAGCCCCCGCCGGAGGCGAUGAGCAGCUGGGCGCAGCCCCCAGCACAGCACGCGGAACCGACGGCGCAGGUUCUGGCAGACCCCUCCGCCAUGGCUGUGGACGCGCCGGGGAGCAGCCCCGAGCAGCCUGCGCUCGAGCGGCCCGCAUGGGCGGACUGCGUGGGCAUGGCGGAAGAGCCCGCUUGCUGGGCCCAGGAGGCGGGCGCCUGCGAGCCCGAACCGCCGACUGCUGCCGCGCCACCGGCCCAGGAGGCAGCGGAGUCGAGGCGCUCACGGACCGAGGUGGGCGCUGGCGCGGGCGACGAGGCGGCGGCGGCAGCCCCCGUGGCGCAGGCAGGAGCCGAGGACGCGGACGCGACCCGCAGGGUGGCGGACCGUGCGCUGGAGCAGGCGGCGGCGCGCCGCAGAGCAGAUCAGGCGCGCGGAGGCUUCGCCGACCUCGACAUCGCCGCGGGCAGCGCGAGGCGGAGACUGGACAGCGGCGCCGGGGCCUCUGCUCCCCCGGCGCUCGCGUCGUCCGCAGCCACCGCCGCAAGUAGCCCGAGAGGCGAGCCGCCUUUGAGGAGGUUCGACGUCGCCGCGGGCAGCGCGAGGCGGAGCCUCGACAGCGGCGGCGGGGCCUCUGCUCCCCUGGCAGUCGCCGCGUCCGCAGCCACCACCGCAGAUAGCCCGCGAGGCGAGCCGCCCUUGAGGAGGGGCAGCGAGAACCGCGCGAGAUCUCCGGACGAGGGCCGGCGCCGCGCCGGCCGCGGCGCGAAGGAGGCUGCAGCCAGGAAGGGGCGCCACCCCACGAUAUACCCCAGGACUGUCAAGGACUCCGCGCUGCGAGUGGGCAAGCUCACCUGGAAGAGGAGGCUGCGCAUGUGGUUCGACGACUAUCGGAGGGACGUGCAGUGCGGGGGCUUCUACCUGCACGCCGUGCGGUUCGGCCUCGUCUGCACGAUGGCAUGGUCUUUGAGGGGCAUCGUUGUUUCCGUCGUCAGCCAUCUCAGCAGGGAGCCUGCACAGGACGCCCCUGGGGAGAUGCACUGAGGACGGCCCCGCCGCCCCUCGUGCACGUGGGAGACGUGGGGAGGGGGCGUUGGGCUGGAGGCCGAUGAGCUGCUCCUCGCCCUUGGACCCUCUCGGCAAGUCGGUCCGGAGGCGUGUCGGCCGCGGGUGUGCGAGCAUCUCCUCCCUGGCCACCUGGCGGCACCUCCUCCAGAGCAGGUUGGGCGCAAGCCCGCCCGGGGAGGGGGCAGGGGCGGGGCCUGGCACGGUCUUGCGCCGGUGCGCCAGGUGUUGGCACAUGUGCUGUGCCGUGCGGCACGCGUGCUCCGUGUGCUGGGAGAGGGCAUGCCCGAAUUGAGACACGAGGAUUCUUGCCGUGGCCUAUUGGCCAACCAGAAGAGACCGAGGAAAACCUGGUCAUUCGUGAUUGGCAGCUGCGAGUGCGACGUCUCGAAGUCUAACGUAAGCUAAUGUAGGCUGCCGGGCG